AGCCAGCUUUGAUGUUGGCUCGGCUCCCUCUUGACAGCGACCCGAGAAAUCACCGUCCGCUAACCACGUAGCGUUUGAAGAUGAAAGCAAAACCAAUAAACAAAACGGAGAUCGCCCCGCAGCUGUAGCUUUUCUCUGCUUCACAUGGAUCCCAACCGCCACCCUCUCUGAUCGUACUCUGAAAAGAUUCAGUCCAUCAUCGUCUCAUCAUCACGUAAAUCUCGGAUCGUUCCACCGGUCACAUGAAGUCUUCUUCCCUUCCCCGCCAUGGAAGAUGAAGGGCAAGCGUUCGUGCCGCGGAGCAAGGUGAUCUCGGGCUAUUUCGAGCCUGUCGAGCUGAACAGAUUAGUUUCCUGCUUCAAGUGGGUGUGCCUCGAUCAGUCCAAUCUGUGGCGGGCAGGGCUGUCGUGGUCCGUCUUCUUCCUCUUCACCGUCGCUGUGCCGUUGGCCUCGCAUUUCCUGCUCCAGUGCUCAAGCUGCGAUGCGGACCACCAGCGGCCUUAUCACGUGCCGGUGCAGAUAUCGCUCUCUCUGUUCGCGGCGAUAUCUUUCGUCUGCCUGUCGCGGUGGUCUCGCAAGUACGGGAUCAGGAAGUUCUUGUUUCUCGAUAAGCUGUGCGACUCGAGCGAGAAUGUUCGGCACGGAUACUCGCAGCAGCUUCAGAGAUCAGUCAAGCUGUGGUCCUGGUUUGUUUUCCCAUGUUUCGCUGUCGAGACGGCCUACAAGCUCUGGUGGUUCAUCUCCGGAUCCACCACCAUUCCUUAUUACGGCAAUCUCUACGUGAGCGACACCAUGGCUUGCACGUUGGAGCUGCUCUCGUGGCUCUACCGGACCGCGGUUUUCAUCCUCGUGUGCGUCCUCUACCAGCUGAUUUGCUACCUGCAGAUCCUCAGACUGGAGGAAUUUGCGGAAGUCUUCCAGAAGGAAACUGAGGUGGUGUCGAUCUUGAAGGAGCAUCUCCGGUUCAGGAGGACUCUCAGGAUCAUAAGCCACCGCUUCCGAGCAUUCCUCCUAUCGUCCCUCAUAUUGAUCACGGCGAGCCAGUUCACUUCCUUGCUUAUGAUCACCCGUUCUGGCGCUAACGCGAAUAUCUUCAAAGCUGGAGAGCUUUCACUAUGUUCUAUCAGCCUGCUCACGGGCCUCUUCAUAUGCCUGCGCAGUGCGACCAAGGUCACUCACAAAGCACAGUCCAUCACCGGACUUGCGGCGAAGUGGCACAUCUGUGCGACGAUUAACUCGUUUGACGAGAACGAUGGAGAGACGCCCACAACUCAGGUAGCUUCCACCCAUGUUUUCCCCGUGGAUGCAGAGUGGGAAUCCGAAGAAGAAGAAGGAGACGGCGAUGACGAUCUCAACAAUGCCAGAAUAAUGCCGAUCUACGCACACACCAUCUCGUUCCACAAGAGGCAAGCUUUAGUGACAUACCUAGAGAACAACAAAGCAGGAAUUACAGUUUACGGCUCUAUGCUCGACAGGACUUACCUUCACACCAUAUUCGCGAUCGACCUCGCUCUUUUCCUAUGGUUGCUGAACAAGACGAUCGGUAUCUCCUGAUCUUGCUCGAAAACGAAGGAGUUGGAAAAUGGUAUUGUCGCGCUCGACCCACAUUCUAGAUUUUGGCCUGGUCUGGGAUGUAUAGCGUACAGGGUCAUGAGAGUUCCUAUGAUAUACAACUUUCAGGAAUAGAUUGUUUCUGUAUAAAGUAAAGUCCACUGUCGAUUCUCUUUUGCACUGCCUCCCAACUGCGGUAGUUCUCGGGUUCGAGAGUCGGCUUAAGAAGAAAUUUCAUCAAUCUGAAUUAAGAAAGUGCACUUGUGUUUAGGUAGAUUA